AUGUCGUACUGGCAAAACCCUUUUGUCUCCUUGCUCAAAACAUACCGCCCAAAUGAGAAAGCGCGCACGCAGGGUGCAGUGAGAGCCAAGACCAACAAUCUCAUCCGUUCGCAAGUGUGGUCCAUUUCUGGGGACAUAUCGGCCAAAAACUUUAUCCAAGUCCCUGCCAACGGACAUGUCAGUCUCAACGGGCGUUUCUUCUACCUCGCUUUUCGUCCAACUCCCCUCAAGUACUUUGUCUUCCAUCUUGACAUCGCCAGCGAAGAAAACUUCACAUGCCGCGUUUCCUUUUCCAACAUGUACAAAAACAAACGUCUAGCCGCAAAUAUGGCGCAAUUCCCAUUCGUCAUUCCUCCCAAAAGAAGCACUGUCGCUGAUCUUCUCGGUAACGUGGGAUGCCCUGGCCGUGCGCCGGAAAUCAGCGGCUGGCUCAUGUUCAUCGUAGAUUUAAAACAACUGCUGCGCAUUCACUUUGGUCGAACAUUCUCGCACAUUCGGCAGGUUCAACUUUGCUCUGACAUGACCGUAAAAGGCUGUUAUACGAGCGAUACAGAAUACGAUCCGAAGAUAUCGAUCAAACAAGCGCGAGCAGAAGGUUUCAGAAAUAUUUCUGAUAACUUGGCGCCGAUGCCAAGAGAAAUGAACUUUGUUGUCGAAAGAAACGACUUCUGGGAUAGAAAGUAUCAAAUGGUCAGACCAGAAACAAGUCAGAUCGAGGGCGAAAUCCACCCCGAGAGGAUAUCACCCGAAAUAACUUCUACGACUGAAAAAUACAAGGCUAGUCAACGAGAUUCAUGGAGAGAAGAGGGGAACAGUAAAAAGUACGGCAUAGCAGCAACUUGCGGAUUUACAGCGAUGCCGGUAGACGAUGGAGAUCACAUACUUUAUGGCUGUGGAAAGAAUAUCGUUCGGAUGUCGAAAGAAACUUUAGCGCAGCAAUGCUACCCCGCGUCGAAGUUCGAUAUAAUCUGCGUUGUCAAAAUUGGCGAUUUGACUGUCUCAUCGGAAGUUACAGGUGAGCUUCGAGUCCGCCACCGGGAGAGGCUUGUGUCGAUUAUUUCCACGUCGAUUAUUGCUCGAUUCAUGGAUUUUCGAAAGUCGACUUUGGUAAUCGCCGGCAAGUGCACGAAGCUCGGCUCGAGCCACAACUCCGUCGCUCUCUGGAACCUUUCAGAUCCAUAUAAUCCAGUUGAGAUCUGCAGAGGAAGCACCGAUCAGCAGAUCAAUGAUCUAGUCAUCAUCUCGAAGCGAGAACCUCUUGAAUUCGUCACUGGAGGGGACAGAGGCGUGCGUAUUUGGCGAACUCGUCAUCAGAAUCAUCUGCGCUCUGCUGCUGUUAACCUUGGUACACAAGCCACUUCCAUCGUCAAUACUCUCACUUACAGCGAGAUGGGACUUUUCGCCGGCACUAAGGGCGGAACUCUUCUGCGAAUAGAUCCCGAAAGGAUGACUCUUCUCUCCGCCCACCAACUCUUCCACAAGCAAAAGUCUCACGAAGUUACCGCCAUUCUCGCUCGUGAAAACUGCCUCCUAGUGGGAACUUCAGAUGGCCUUGUACGAAGCUGGACACCUGAAUACGAAAGGAUUCCCUUCGAGCUCGCUCUUGGCUACAGAAUUGUAAAGUUCGUGCCAACCGACAAUCCAGUUGAAGACGAAGUCCUCGUUGUCUCCGAUGCUAAAUUGAUCGGGCUACUCAAUGUGCCGAAGAGGCAAUUUCGAACCCUCACGCGUUUCCACCGCAGUCGGAUUCUCUUCUGUGCAUUUACAAAUAAUCUACUUGCGACAGCUUCACGCUCUGAUGUUCGAAUCUGGGAUUCGAGUCAAUUUCAAACGCUUGUUCAAAUUCUUCAGCUAGAACUGCCAGAGCAGUUGACAGCGCUAGCACUUGAUGAAGAAGAAAAAACUCUUGCCUUGGGAUUCGUGUCAGGAAGGAUCGACAUUUAUGAAUUAUCUGGAGAUAAGCCUGGCAAACUUCGAGGAUCCCUAAGUUUCAACGAAGGAAGCGUACGAAGUCUCGUUUAUCAUUCGCAAAGUGUGUUGUACACUUUGGAUUCUCAAGGCGACAUUGCAGUUGUACUUUAUAGUAACGGAAGAUUUCAUGUGUCGAGAUCAAUUACAGACGGUGCGAACAGACACUCAACAAACAAGCUAGUGCCCAGCCCCGAUGGCAAAUUUAUAACGACAUUGUGCCGAUCAUCGCGCAGCAAAAUUCAAUUAUACUCUCCCUAUUUAGAUCAAAUUGCCAAAAUUCAAACAAAAAAUGAAGGGUGUAUUAUCAACUGGAUCUUCAUCGCAGAGACUGUGCUCAUUGUUGUGUUAGAGGAUUAUUCGUCGUUCCAAAUUUCUAUCUCAAAGAAUAAAAUUAUCCAGCGGCAGAAGCUGAUGCAUUAUGCUACCGACGCCGAUAGAUUGCUCUUUACCGCUUCAGUAAAGGCGUUCACCCUAUCUUAUGCAAGAGGUCAACUUAAGUUGUGGUCGCCAACAAUGAAGAUGCACAUCGACGAUGUCGAGUGCCCAGAGCGAGUAACUGCGAUUGACGCUAGCAGUGACGGCUUUGCCGUCGGCGGCGAGCAACUCUGCAUGUUCCUGUGGUUCAACGAAACGAGCCUCGCCAAGGCGGUCGAUAAAAAAUCGAAACCGACGGCUCUUUAUGAAACAAUAAGCCCGACAGAUGUUAGUGAAGCACCAUGCAACUUGCUCCGCGCCUUGGAUUUAAAUGAGACUCAUGACGUUCUCCCGCAAAACUCAGUUAGCAGUCUACAGUCGUCGACAAUUAUUUCCGAUCCGUCAAGGGACGUUGAUGUUCCAAGUCCGAUUCCGAGAGUAACGAAUUCCUACGAACACGAUUACGACGAUUUGAACGUUACUCCCGACGACGAUUCAAUUGAAAGAGAUACAACUGCCUUCAGCCACUCCCAGAGCCAAUACUUCCCUCCCGUCCCUCCUAUCAAACCUGUCAUAAUGGGCGCAAGCUCGCAUUAA